CAAAACUAUAGGCCAAUAAAGUUUUUUCUAGGCUAAAUUGUCAAAAAAGCUGACAAGCGGCUAUAACAAACCUUAUACAAUAAUGUAAUUGAUUUAAGGUGUUGAAAUUAAACACUUUGGCGCAUUUUCUAAUUCUUAGCGAGACCAUAGGUCUAAAAGAGCUAAGUGGAAUUGUUUUACCGGUCGGAAAGAGUCGGAUCCUGGUUUCUAUAUUUAUACGGUUUCGGAAAGGUCAAACGCCUUGUAAUACUUCUGACCAUCACCACCCGCCGUUCCCCCCUCCCAGGAUAAUAUCAGGCCUUCAACGAGUUGUUUCAUCAAGAAAAGGACAAAGCAUAUCGUCAAUAGCUGUUUGAGAAAAAAAGAUGGAUUCCCAAUGUGAAACUUGUACGUAUCUCAUAGAGAGUUUUGAUAAGUUGAUCAGGAAAGCAGAAAGUGAGAUGCAGCAGUUAGAUCAGUCAAUAGCUAGUCUACAGAGCAAGCUCGAUGAAUUUAACGAAGACCCCGAUUUGUCGGAAAUCACUAGUGAUUCGGUUGACGACCCUUCUGAAACUCCUUUCGAUAUCGAUAAUUUUGACAAUCUAAUGAAAGAUUUCGAGUCAAUGUUGGAAAAGCUGAAGGAAAUGCGUAAGAUUUUAAGAACUAAAAGAGAUCAGUUCUUUGAAUUAAAGAGUUCAUUGGUUAAAAGAUGCGAGGAAAGAGCUCAGACUUAUUCUUCAGAGAACAAACAUCAAGAACAGAGAGAGCAGGAGAAGGAUGAAGAAGGGAAGAAAAAACAGACAGAAGGUGACUACGAAUCCACGAUGGAUGAUAUUGAAAAUGAGGCUGAGGAGUUAUAUUCAUGCGAUUCAGAAAGUGAAGACAAGGGAGCAACACAAUAUAAUGGAAUUUCAUCUUCCGAUCUUUUAUCUACUUAUGAGCAAGAUAAAGCUGAUAAACUUGAAAAAGACAGUGAAGAAUCUGAAGAAUGCUCAUCAACAUCUGUAACAGCAAAUGGUGAGCAGUGGAACGAAAAUAAUCAUAGUGGCAGUAACGUGAGUUCAGAAUGGACCCUAGGAUACGUCCUUUUAGGUUCCCACGGACCAACGCAUCACCCAACUAAUCCAUUCGAUGACAAAUACGUUCCACAAAUUGACUACAAAAGUGGUGACAAAAAUACAGAAAAUGUCCCUCUGAAAGCGAGCCUAAUAGAGCAGAGCCGAAAAGUGUUCACCCAGAACGACUGCCGCGAUCUUGGGACCUUAGAUCUUCUAUUGACUAAAGAUAAUUAUAACGAUGACCCGGUAUGGCCGUCGCUGAAGAGUCUACAUCACAGAUCUAGGAAAAUAUUCCAUCCUUACACUUCAAGAAGAUCUCACAAAGAAUCAAACACUUCCCACCAAAAAUCCAUUGAUCUGGAACCAUUUAACAAUCAAAUUUGGAAAUACUUUGACAUAUGGUUUCCUAACAAAAAUCUAAAAGGGUUCGUACUUUCAAAAUCAGUCUUAACUAAUGUAUAAAAUAUGUAGAUGUUUUUUUCUUUUUUUGCAAUAAUAUCUAAUUUUUCCUUAGCUUCUUAACUCUUAAACCGAUUGAAUUAAGUAAAAUCAAUCCUUUUAAUUUUUUUCACAGAAGGCCAGCAGAGAAUAAUUUAGAAUUAACACUAAUAAUUUCCUAAUGUUUGGUUUAGGUCAGAAGAAGAUUCCCAUGCUUCCUGGGGAGUUCAAACCGACGAAAUUAUAAACAAUGUUCUAGAUGAAUUGUCAAGAGUAUAUGAAGAAGCUUGCGACAGCUGCUUUGAUGAGAUCAAAUCGAAUAUGAAAGUAACUGAAUCUCAAACUGAUCCAGAGAUCGAAGAGGACAAGAAAAAGGAAAAGAAGGAAAAUGAUAAAGAUGACGAAGAUAACGAAUAAAUUAUUACUUUCGCUUUUUUCCUCUUUUCUUCAACCGUCUCUCGAAAAGCUCAUGCUUUUGUAAUGAUAAUAAAGAUUUCAACAUUAAAUGUCUUAUCAACUGUAUAUAACUAUGUAAUACGUUUUCCAGACUUAUCACGAAAAAAACUAUUUUUUUAUAUGUUAAUUGAAAAACAGUAUUUGUUACAGAAAACUCAGCUUUUCAGGCUUAUUUAUAGAAAAUGUAUAUUCAUGUCACAAGACAAACGGAUAAUGCUAAAAAAAAAGAAAAAACAAACACUGCUUUAUAUUCGUUAUUUUCAUUUGUAUAUUACUAGCUCCUACUAAUCAGCGUGCUACUCCUUUCAUACAAGAACUUAUUAAUUCCCAUUUGUGCAACAUUAUUCAUCUCGUGCAUUUUUAGUAUUUUUUUUCCUCGAACUUAUCUAAAUGAACAAGGAAACAAAAAGUAAAGAAUACAAUUCUCAUUAUCAUAAACAUCUAAAAAAAAUGUCUUUUUUUUGUCUUCAGUAAUUAUAAUUUUGUUUGUUUAGCUUAUUUAUAUAAAUAACCUUCCUUUUUGUUUGUUUAGCUGCAAUCUAAUUGUAUUUUGUACAAAUCAGAUUGUUAUAUUUAAAAAGAAAUCAAGGAAAAGUCCUCUUAAUUAAUUCGCAAGUAAUCUCAUCCUGAGCUGACAUGCUGGAGGUUAAAUAGGUUGCUAGAUAAGCUUUUUAAUUAUGCCUUAUUGGCUAUGCACUGCAUAAAUAUUAUACGAAAGAGCUUUCAGCCUAACUGCGAGAAGAUUGCAAUUAUAUAUCAGUAUAUAUUUACUUAUCUUACAGAUUCUUCUCCGGAAAUGAAACUGUAUACUUUUGAAUUUCUUUUUUCCAGUUCCAACACCUCUUUGAAAAGAAAAAC